AUGGCAACAAAUUUAUUCACACAUACACAUCGCGUACGCAUCGAGCGCCAGAUCGGCGGCAUCAUGCUGGUCCGUGGUGGUGUAGCUCAUUCGAGCUAAUUGAAGCCAUGCCUACAGCGGAGGACCAGGGCUAACUACGAACUGUUGUGGCCGUUCCUGGUGCGGUUGGACCCGGCUGAUACACCAUUUGGAUUUCCUCCUCCUCGUCACGCCUUUCGGUUUCCUUCCUCCAGGCCAUUUAAAGCCGCUUCCAUCCAUCCAGAGAGAGAGAGAGAGAGAGAGAGAGAGAGAGGACGCCUGAAAACUGAGAGAGGAAGAAGGAUGGAUCAAGAAGAGUUGUGCUCGUCUUCCUCCCUGAGGCAGUGCAGGAUUUGCCACGACGAGGAGGACGAGGGCCGCACGAGCAUGGAGUCGCCCUGCGCAUGCUCUGGCUCCCUCAAGUAUGCUCACAGGGGAUGUGUGCAGAGAUGGUGCGAUGAGAAGGGGAGCACCCUCUGUGAGAUUUGCCUUCAGAAUUUCGAGCCUGGCUACACCGUUCCUCCCAAGAAAGCUCAACCUGCUGAUGUCGCGGUCACUAUCAGAGGGAGCCUGGAGGUAACCAGGCUGAACUACGAACCUGAGGAGGAGGAGGAGGACGACGCGCCAUUGAUCGGGGCGGCCGGCGACUUGGAAUACGCCGAGUGCGCCCGUUCCGCCGGCAGGAGCGCGUCCUGGUGCCGCUCGGUGGCGGUGACGUUCACGAUCGUGCUGCUGCUGAGGCACCUCGUCUCCGUGGUGACGGUCGGAGCGGCGAAUCAGCACGCGUUCAGCAUCCUGACAGUAUACUUGCUGCGGGCUAGUGGGAUCUUGCUGCCGUUCUACGUCGUCAUGAGGCUCAUCUCCGUGAUACAGCAGGGACAGAGGCAGUACCGGCUGCAGCUGCUCCAGGAGCAGAGGAGAAACGCGUCAAGAAUGGUCAGGCUGCAGGGUCAGGAGCAGCAGCAUGUAAUCCUAUUCCGCUGAGGAAGACAAUGAAGUGUUUAUAUACCUUGUAGAAGGUUAUAAGAUGUACUGCUCCAUUGUUCAGGCGGGGAAAAAACACGCAAAUAAAUCAUUGUUUAUAAUCUUCUAGUUUAUAUGCACAUUACUUGCAGUGAAAACACGCAAAUAAAUCAUUGUUUAUAA